UUGCGGUCGUGCGCCCGGACGGUCUGCCACGUUCUCGCUCGGUGGCGUAAUCGCGCGUGCAACAAUAAUAUUAUAAUAUUGUUGUGAUCUUGUACGAUCUUGCGUCGCGAUACGAACUCGGAGCGCGUGUUGUGACUACAACGACCAAUAACUACUAUUAUCGCCUGGUGCUGUUAUAUUUACGACCGAAACCGGUUGUGCUUCAGAGGGGAUCGCGGAUUCGCCGCGGCGCGCGCGAAAGGCCUCGCGUACUCGGUUUUCAAAUUUCCACCACUACUGCGAGUGCCGACGACGGCGACCACCGACUGAAUAAUAUUAUUAUUACGUAGGUAUACCCACGUAUGUAAUAUAGAAUAGCGACGAUUCACGACUGACGAAAUAUUUCACGCGUAGUCACUAGUCGUACUCGUCGUACACACGUAGUUCGUGCCUAUAGUAGUGGCUCCUAGUGCUGUAAUAGCGUGUCGCACACGGUCCGCGUUUUUGUGAAAUAGUGUCGUCCCGACGGUGAAAAUCUAACAUUAUAUCGGCAAUAUUGUGCAAAUACCCGUGAGUUAUGACGACGAUUUGACUUGGCUACAUUUAAUUUACAUUUUAUGGCCGCUAAUCGAUAAAUAAUAGCCCACCGAAUACCUACCAAGCCGCGCCGUCGUGUUGUGUUUCGUGUUCGCAGUUGUCCGAAUACCAAAACGCACGUCCGAUCUUCCAGUUUUUAGUCUCCUCGACGACACACGUCGCAUUUACACAUUUUACGCGUUGAUCUGGCGGCUGUGGUUUACGGCGUGUAAGACGAACGGAUGAUGAUCCUGCUUCGGCCGCCGCGCACCUCAUUGUCCCCGGAACUUGGCAGGUCUAGUCGGAGGAGGAUCGUGUUCGCGCCGGAAGCUCCGCAGUUGUCUUAGGGAUGAAUGCGCUACAGACGUUCCGUCGACGGCGAUGCCCGCACAGAGUUCGUUGAAGCUCCACAGACUGCCCAAAAUGAACUGGUUAAUGCACAUUAUUAUACUCCAAGUACUUCUUGGGCAAGUAUUAUCGGACUUGAUGUGCUUAAGUAGUGAUAAAUGCACAUGUAAGCAUGAUAUUUACAAUGAAGAAAUGCAAGUGGCAUGUGGUUUAUCAACGGUGGAAUCCAAUUUGAUGGAAUCCAUAAUUCAAAUUGAAUGUAAUUCAGAUAAAAUACAAUGGGAACAGCAUUUUGAUCAAAUUGAUAUAAAAAAAUUGCAUUACGCAAAAUGUCUAUUAUCUGAUACAGGAAUUCAUCAAACCAUCUCAACACUUGGGAUUAAUAAAGUUGAAAGUCUGAAGCUAGUUGCCAUGAGACUCAAUGGUAGUCUAAAAAAUACUUACUUGUCAAAUUUGGAGAGUGUGCAGACGUUAGAUAUUACUCUUACCAAAUUAAUAUUAACCAAUGAAUCAUUUGAAGGAACACCUCAUCUAACAAAAUUAUAUCUCAGACAAAACUACUUGGAGGAAAUACCUGAGGGUGUGUUCAAACCCCUUACUCUUUUAGAAAUAUUAGAUUUAGGAGAUAAUAAGAUAACCCAACUAAAUAGUGAUCUAUUUUAUGGUAUUCCAUUGAAAGGUUUGAAUUUGGACACAAAUUAUUUAACUUCUUUGGACUUAAAUUCUCAGAGUCUGAAGCAUUUGGAUUUAGCUAACAAUAAACUUACUUCUUUAACUGUUGGGCGUCUCAAUCAACUACUUGAUAUAUCAUUAAAUAAAAAUGUUUUACUUACUAUGCCUGACCAAGCAUUUAAAAAUACUUCUUUAGAGUCUAUCAGAUUCAGCUAUGGUAACUUUACCACUAUACCUCAUAGAUUUUUAACAAAUUUAGACCGAUUACAUUAUGUUUAUCUCAGAUCUUUAAACUUAAAAAAGGUACCGGAAAACAUGAUUUGGAAUUCGACAAAUAUAACAGAAUUAUCAUUAACUUCAAAUCGUUUGAAUGAACUACCAGUGAUGUUUUUUCGGGAUGCUGGGAAAAUGAAAUUGUUAGAUUUAUCUAACAAUCUAAUUGAAAAUAUCAAUCAUGAAUUACUGAGACCAUUAAUACAUCUAGAAACCUUAGAUUUGUCCAAUAAUUUAAUAAUCCAAAUUAAUAACUACGGUUUAAGGAACUUAAGAAACUUGAAGUACCUCAAUUUGGAAAGAAAUAAGAUAACAAAUUUUGAACGAGAAGCAUUAAAUGUCCCGAAAUUAAAAACAUUGAAAUUGGCUUAUAAUAAUAUAAGUAACUUGAUCUCAAAUCAUUCAUUCUCAUUACAUUAUUUAGAGAAAGUCGAAACUAUUGAUUUAUCAAACAAUUUCAUAAAUUGUAUUGAUUCUGGUUGGGUAAAUUUGGUGAAGUUAAUUAAUAUUAAUCUUUCAAGUAAUAACUUCACUGUACUCAGAGUAGAAGAUAUACAGUAUAUUAAUGAGAUAGUAAAAACUAAUCUUAACAAUAAUCCAUUAGAAGAAAUUGAUUUAUCAAACUUAGAAAUAUUUGCUAGAGCACAAACGCCACCAUACAAUUUCUGGAAUAAUAGACAAAUUAAUCUGUCUAGUGAUAAAUUCAUUUGCGAUUGUCGUAAUUAUGAAUUUGCAAGAUUCUUACAUAACCAAAUGCCAAAAAUAGUGUACAAGUACUUACAAAUUGAACACAAACUGAUUUGUAAUGAUGAUUUGCAUACAGAAUUUUCAAAUGUGAAUAUCGAAAGCUUAACAUGUGACUGGAAAACUUUUAAGGAUGACAACAAGACUGAUUGUUUCGAAUGUGAGUGUACUUACCGUCCUCAUGACAAUUCUGCCCUGAUGAAUUGUUCAAAUAGAAAUUUAACAUUGGCACCGGAAGUAAUAAUUUCAAGUAGAAAUGUUAAUUAUACAGAACUGAACUUAAAAAAUAAUUCCAUCACCAAGUUGCCAAACUAUGAAAAUUUAAACAUCAAAAAGCUGAAUAUUGGUUAUAACUAUUUAAAUACCAUUAAUAUUACGCAGUUACCCAAAAAUCUUAUGGAAUUACACUUGGAACAUAAUAACCUUACAAUGAUUAGUGAGGCGAAUUUGAAUAAUACAUUACCCAACAUAAACAUCUUAACGAUGAAUAGUAAUCCAUGGAUAUGUGAUUGUGAUGCCAAGAAUACUAUAAAUUUUAUUCACAAAUUCUCAUCUAAGAUUUUUGAUUUAGCCAAUAUCACGUGCCAUCAAUCAUCAACUCUGUUAUACACCCUGACUGCGGAAGAAGUUUGUCAAGAAAGAUUAAAUACUUCCACGAUCAUUGUUGUGUCUAUGUUUUUAGCUGUUUUUAGUUUAGUAUUAGGUUUGUUAUGGAUUUUGUUUAGUAACAACAAGACUAAAAUCAAAAUAUGGUUGUACUCUCACAACAUCACAUGGCCUAUAUCUGAAGAAUCUCUUGACCAAGAUAAAAAAUAUGAUGCAUUUAUUAGUUUCUCUCACAAAGACGAAGAACUAGUUGCAAAGCAUUUAGUACCAAAUUUGGAAGGAGGCAGCUCGCCGUUUAAACUUUGUCUUCACUACAGAGACUGGGUAGUCGGCGAUUGGAUUCCUGCCCAAAUCGCUCGAUCAGUUGAUGAAUCUCGAAGAACUAUAAUUGUAUUGUCACAACAUUUUUUAGAGAGUGUUUGGGGCCGUACAGAGUUCAGGACAGCUUAUUCCAGUGCUCUGAAUGAACGGCGCAGUCGUAUAAUCGUCAUACUUUAUGGAGACAUAUCAACCAAAGACUUAGAUCCUGAGUUAAAAGCAUAUCUGUCCAUGAAUACUUAUAUUAAAUGGGGAGAUAGUUGGUUUUGGGAGAAAUUGAGAUAUGCCCUUCCACAUGGACCAGAGACAAAAAACAAGACCAGAGCUAAGAUAAUAGUGCCUGAUAAAUUAAAUCCUGUUUUAUUAACAUAACUUUAAUUUUAUAGUCAAUAACUUGUUUUAAUUUUAUUAUAAAAUGUAAUAUUUACAUAAUUUUUUCAGUAUGUACAUUUUGUGACAGUUAUUUUAUUGUAAGUUAUUUUUUUAUUUUGUUAUAAAAUUGUAUGUUUAUAUCUAUUAGUUGUAAUGAAACACAAACUGAUAUAAAAAAUAUUAAGUUGUAAACUGUAAUGUUUUAAAUAAAAAGUGUAUAAAUAC